CUUUGCAUCUGCAUUAUAACUUAGUGGUUUCCUGUAUGUCUUCAUUGUAAAACAAUAAUUAAAUAGAAAUUUCUUGAUUUCUUUCUUUUGUUGGACAUUAAUGGAAUUGUAUUGCCUCUUCGUCCUUUUGGCCCCUGCAUGUACAGAGAUAACCUCCUACAUCAACACUUACACUGGAAUAUCAGGGAUUCCAGGACUUCCUGAUAUCAGUGCUUUAACUACAGUGGAUGGUAAAGAGGUUUAUUACUAUGACAGUAACAUUAAAAAGCUGAUUUCCAAGCAGGGGUGGAUGAACAACACUGAUUUUAGCGAGACCUGGAAAAUGCUUAUUGAGGACAAUUCCAGAAAUAUCCAAAGGUUCAAAAUGUACACUAACUUCGUAAAAAAGCGCUUCAAUCAAACUGGAGGUGUUCACACAUAUCAGUGGAUGUAUGUCUGUGAUUGGAAUGAUGAGACUGGAGACAGUCAUGGGCAAAAUAUGUAUGGAUAUGAUGGAGAGGAUUUGAUCGUACUGAAUCUGAAGUACACAGGAAGCAUCACAUCUUCACAUCAUACAGCUCAAACCCAUCAGGAGAACAAUGACAAAGUGCAGUUUGAGAUUUUACUAAACAUUAACAAUGAAUGUGUUGCCUGCCUAAAGAAGUUCCUGGAAUUUGGCAAAGAUGUUUUUAAGACAACAGUACAACCUGAAGUGCAUCUUCUGCAGAGAAAUGCCUCCUCACCAGUGGUGUGUUUAGCAACAGGUUCCUACCCUGAAAUUGAGAAUAUUUCCUGGAAGAAAAAUGGUGAGGAUUAUCAUGAGGAUGUUGAGACCAGAGAGACUCUACCAAAUGAAGAUGGAACGUUCCAGAAAAGAAGUAUCCUCAAAGUAAAGCCAGAAGAGUGGAAGAAGAACCAGUACAGCUGUGUGGUGCAGCACAAGAGUUUAAAAAAGGCCAUCCAAAUGAUUGUGAGAGAGGAGGAAAUCAAGACUAACCACAAACCUGUAGUUCCAACCAACAAUAUUACAAAUGUGAGUGGAUUGGUGGUAUUGGUGAUAGGCCUACUGAUUUUCAUUGUUUUAUUGGUCUGUGUGUGGUGCAGGCGUAAGAGAUCCAGAGCUGGCACCAACAGAUGCAUCUAGCUGGAAGAAUGAGCAAUGGAUCAGAUUCAUCAGUUUUGAUCUGCUUGAUUUCAGCACAUAACCAAAAACAUGUUUUACAUGAGCCAUUAACAAUUUGUUUAGCUUCUUUUAUCUGUUUGUUAUGUAAUAAUUGCAUAACCAGAUGAAUUCUACAUGCAGCAAAAAUGUACAUUUAGUCAAUUAUUAUUGUAAUUUGUUGCUAUAAAAACUUGUGAAUACAACAAAAUAAAUUAUUGGACAAGUAACAUCUACCACAAAUGUGUGAAAAAAAGAGGCUUUAGCAAUUAAUUCAACUCAAUCUGAUAAAGUUAAAUGUUUCAAGUUGAUUUACAAUUUACAAUUAAUGUGCAAACAAAUUUUCAGAUGUAAAUAGCCACAAAGAUCAAAUGCUUGUAUCACCAGCAUGUUUUUUCUUCUUCUGAAAUUUGUUCUGCCAUCGAUGAUAUGUCACUUAUUUGAAGCAUCAACAUUUAGAGAUUUUGUUACAGUAUGAUUCUCAGACACAAUUCAAUUAUCAUCGCACCAAAAGGAUCCUAUCUGUCUGAAAUGUUCAAUAAAGUGGGAAAUGCACACAUUAAUGUAUAAUACAAUUUACAGUAAUAAACAGAUACAGUCCAUAUAAUGUCAUCAUCAGUCAUCA